ACCGCUGGUGUGAGAGCUGUAGAGGCAGACAGAAGGCAUACACACAUAUACUCACACACACAUGCACAUCCCACUGCCGCGGCUCGUCGCUGCUACUGCAGCCGGUGCAGAGCAGGAGACUCGCAGCAUUCUCUCCAUCACACGCAGGCGGAAUGGCUUGAGAUCAGACAUCGUGGACUCGUCUCGUUCGGCUCACGCACUAUGAUUUUGUGACUGUCUGAGUAUGCGUGCGUCUAUGUGCGUGCAUGUGCGCGCGUGCGCGCGUGCGCGCGUUAGCCCGCCUUGCCGCGAAUUGCUGCAGUGCUGUUUUCCAGGUGUGCGAGUGCGUGUGUGUGAGAGUGUGUAAGCGUGUGUGCAUGUAAGAGUGUGUGCAUGGUGUUGUAGCCUGGUGUAAUUCUCUUACGAAUUGUACUAAGCCGGGGAACGGAGUCUGAUGUCACAUGUGCUUCAUCGGAGGAGACGGGGCAUCUGCAAGCUGGAUUUUGUGGAGGAUGCUGCGGCAAGUGAUACACAGAGGGCUCAAGGCUUCGUUCUACUGGCUGGGCUUAUUCGUUAGCAGACAUCCCGUUUUCUUCCUCACCGUCCCUGCGGUGCUCACCAUCAUUUUCGGAUCUACAGUGCUGAGCCGAUUCAAGCCGGAGACGGACCUGGAGGUACUGGUCGCCCCGACUCACAGCCUCGCCAAGAUCGAGCGGAGUCUCGCUAACAGCUUGUUUCAAAUCGACCAGUCAAAGCACAAGCUGUACUCGGAUUUGCACACCCCGGGAAGAUAUGGCAGGCUGAUCCUGCUCGCCAAGUCCGGGGGGAACAUCCUGGAGCUGGCCGAUCAGGUCCUGCAGGUCCACAAGCAGGUGUUGGAUCUGCGCGUCAAUUACAAGGGAUUCAAUUUCACGUUCGCGCACCUCUGCGUCUUGAGCCACAGGGACAAGCGCUGCCUACUGGAUGAUAUCAUCACCAUCUUCGAAGACAUCAGGCAGGCUGUGCUUUCCAACAGCACUUUCCACAAGGUGCCCAUUAGUUAUCCGAACACAACAUUAAAGGAUGGCCGUGUGGCCUUCAUCGGGCACCAGCUGGGCGGUGUGUCCUUCUCACCCAACAGCCGUGACCAGCAGGUCAAGUUUGCUCGUGCUGUCCAAAUCACAUACUACCUCCGAAAUCAUGGACCCGUGGUGCAGGAUGCUAUUGCAGAGCGCUGGGAGAAUGAGUUCUGUGCCCUGGCCAGUCGACUGUCCACAGCCGAGGUCCCCCAUGCAGCAGACCAGCUCCACAUCCAGUCACUCACAUCCUUCAGUCUGUGGCGGGACUUCCACCAGACGGGCCUGCUGGCCAAGGGUGAGGUGUUGGUCAGUCUGGUGCUGGUGCUCCUGGCCGCCACCAUCUCCAGCUCUAUGCGGGACUGCCUAAGGGGGAAACCUUUCCUGGGACUCCUGGGUGUGCUGACCAUCUGCAUUGCCAAUGUGACGGCUGCAGGGAUCUUCUUCAUAUCAGAUGGGAAGUUCAACUCUACACUACUGGGGAUACCAUUCUUUGCAAUGGAGAUCACACUGAAGUCCCAUCCAAACCAGAGGGCAAAGCAAGUUCACUGAAAUACUGUGAAGGUGCAUCCUUAUCUGGUAGCACAAGACUAAUUAACGCCUUAAAGCUUUUGUGUGAUGAGACUCACUACCAAUAAGUUAUGCCCAUGAGGUCCAAGUCAUCCUUGGUGAUGACUCUAUCCUAUGGGAUUAUGUCUUUAUUUUAAAAAUUGUGUUCCAGAGUCUUAGCAAUGAGACAAAAAACAUUCUAACAUUCUAACUGAAAAUCAAAAAUGUAUUUCCUUUUAUUUUUAUACAAAAAAAACCCCUACAAAAAUCAAACAUACUAGCUUGCUGUUCCUGUUAGCUAAGGCCAUAUACAUCUUUCAAAUAACAAACUAUAGUAUAGGAUGCCAAUGCAGUAAAAUGUUAAUGCAAUGUAAAUCUAAGAUGUAAUAUUUUCAAAAAGGCUAAAAACAUUUACUCAGUAUUUCAUGGUAUCGUAAGUUACAUGUUGUAGAGGAGAGUUUUCCCCUCCAGCAGGCUUGUUUUUAUUUUGUAUUUUUUGUUUGUUUGUUAUUUUUUGUUUUUUAGAAAAUUACAGAAUAUGCCUCGAUUGCAUAAAGUGUCAUAAGAUUUUUUUCCCCCUGUUCAAUCCUUUCAAUUUUAUUAGAAAAAUAGAAAGCAGUACAAUACAAUAUCAGUAUUUUAAUCCUUGACAUUGACAACUAAAAAUGCAGGUACUGAAGAUUGUAAAUUAACAUAAAUAUUACUUCAAAAAGUGACCUGAAUCACAUUGUUUCUUAAUAACCAGUUAUCAGUAUAAACCUUAAGCUACAGUCCCACACACCAACACAAAUCCCUAUCCUUAUGAAGACACACAUAUGAUCUUUGUUUUCAAACUUACCUAUGAACAUAAAGUCGACAACACCAAGCAAAGAUGAAAACCAGCACAAAGAGACUUCAAAGCGAUUGCCACACUGACUCUACUUUAGAAAUAUGAACAGGUAGAAUUGGAGGCUGUGGCCUGACUUCUAAUCAGUCUGUUACCUGUUGAAGUUCACUCUGGCUGCUGGCUGUUGGGUAUACACAUAGCUUUAUCAUCACUCAUUUUUGGCUAGCUUUGCGUUGGUGUGCAGAUAACUAAGGAAACUUUGUAACAUGAUUAAUGAUAGAAAUGCAAGUGUAAUGUUAUUAAUGAAUUUAGUUCAGUAAUGGGUUGCUGUGUUAUUGAAAAAUAUAGUGUGAUUACAAUAACUCAACAGUGUUUGCCAGUAGAAAACCUGCUGAAUCAGCAACAUGCUAGCAGUGAGAUGUGCAUUUUUAGGUAUUCUUGAUGCCAAAUUGGUUAUCAGUUUUGGAUGAUGUGGCAAAGAAGAAAGAUUCUUAUUGGUUUGUAAAGGUAGGAGUAGGGCUGGGCAAUAUGGCCUAAAAUCCAUAUCACGGUAUUAUUUGAAGCAUGUAUCAGGGUCAUCAGCAUUCUUAUGUAUGAAUUCUGACCUCGAACCGAUUUUAUGUAGUACAAGGCGCGCAGAAAUCUGUCAAAAAAUGUUUUAGUACAACUUUAGUAAGCUAUGAAGGAUCAGUGUUCCCAACUCCUCAGUAAGGAAAAUCGCUAUUGGUUGUCCUAAAAGUCGCUAGAAUUCGCUAAAUGAAGUCAUUGCCUAAUUU